AUGGAGGGCUGCUGCCGCUCCUGCCUGCCCUGCUGCCGCUGCCUGUGGGACUGCAUCUGGCCCCGGCUCCGGUACCCGCAGUCCCAGCACAACGGGACUGGAGCUGGGGCCACGGUGCUGGAAAACCCCGGGAUCCGGACCGUGACCGGGGACCUGCGGCCGCCCCUUACCCCCGGAGCCCCCGGAGGACCCCCCGCGGUUCCCUCGCCUCAGAAGCGGCCCCCGCAGCUGUACCAGGCGCUGUUCGACUUCGAGGCUCGGAGCACGGACGAGCUGUCGGUGCGCGGCGGAGACAGGCUGUCGGUGCUGGAGCAGCGCGGAGAUUACGUCCUGGCGAAGAAACUCACCGGCACCGGGAGCCUGCAGUCCGGACUCAUCCCGGCCAACUAUGUGGCUCUGCUGCAGGACGAGUUCUCCAAACACAAAUGGUACUAUGGAAACAUAAACCGUGUGAAGGCGGAGAAGCUGCUGUUGGCGUCUCAGAACAAAGAUGGCUCCUUCCUGGUGCGCAUCAGUGAGAGCCACAGCGACGAGUACACCAUCUCAGUGCGCAGCGAGGAGAAGGUGUUCCACUUCCGGAUCCAGCGCUCGGUGAUCGGAGCGUACCUGGUCUCAGAGAAGAUCUCCUUCUCCACUUUGGGAGAACUGGUGUCGUACUACCAGAAGAACCCCCGCAGUCUGGGGGUGACACUGCAGGAGCCCUGUGCCCAGCAGAGGGAGCUGUUCGACCUGGAGCCCUGGGAGCGGCCGCGGGAGGAGUUCAAACUCUACAAGAAACUGGGAGAAGGACACUACGGCCAAGUGUGGGAGGCUCUGUGGAGCCCCCAGGGCCGGAAGGUGGCCAUCAAGACCCUCAAGCAAGAGGACACAAAGCAGGAUGAGUUUGUGAAGGAGGUGACGGCGCUGAAGAACCUGCAUCAUCCCAAACUGAUCCAGCUGUUGGCCAUGUGCUCCAGAGGAGAACCUGUUUACAUCGUCACCGAGCUCAUGAGCAAGGGCAGCCUCAAGAGCUACUUAGACUGGGGGGCCACAGUUGGGGGAUUGGGGUGGAUAUUAUUUUUGGGGGGGUUGGCUUUUUGGGGUGGGGUCACAUACAGGUGGGGCAUAUACGUGGGGGGGGGUUUGGGGGGGGCAGGGGUCGUGGGGGCGGUGGGGGUUGGAGAUGGGUUAUUUAUUUUUUCUGGGGAACACAUGGACUGCGCGCCGGGAUCUCAUAGGGGGGGGAUGGGGGGGGGGAUUAUGUAUGGUGGACACGGGGGGGGGUGGGGGGGUUUUGUGGAGUGGGGCCGCUUAUUGGGAUUGCUGUUUUACGAGCGAGGGGUUAAGGUCGGGUUCUCUUCUGCCUGUAACCCCAUGUGCCAAACCCACAACCAGGCCAUGGGGGACAGCGGGGGGGGGGCCCCAACCCUGCAGGGAACCCACUGUGGAGACAGAUACAAGUUCACAAGGUCUGAGGAGGAGAGAGCAGGAGGAGAGAGCAGGAGAGAGGAGGAGAGAGCAGGAGAGAGGAGGAGAGAGCAGGAGAGAGGAGGAGGAGAGAGCAGGAGAGAGGAGGAGGAGAGAGCAGGAGAGAGGAGGAGGAGAGAGCAGGAGAGAGGAGGAGAGAGCAGGAGGAGAGAGCAGGAGAGAGGAGAGAGCAGGAGAGAGCAGGAGGAGAGAGGAGGAGAGAGCAGGAGGAGAGAGCAGGAGGAGAGAGCAGGGAGAGAGGAGGAGAGAGCAGGAGGAGAGAGCAGGAGGAGAGAGCAGGAGAGAGCAGGAGGAGAGAGCAGGAGAGAGGAGAGAGCAGGAGAGAGGGAGAGCAGGAGGAGGGAGCAAGAGAGAGGAGGAGAGGAGCAGGAGGAGAGAGCAGGAGAGAGGAGGAGAGAGCAGGAGAGAGGAGGAGAGAGAGCAGGAGAGAGGAGGAGGAGAGAGCAGGAGAGAGGAGGAGGAGAGAGCAGGAGAGAGGAGGAGAGAGCAGGAGGAGAGAGCAGGAGGAGAGAGCAGGAGAGAGGAGAGAGCAGGAGGAGGGAGCAAGAGAGAGGAGGAGAGGAGCAGGAGAGAGGAGGAGAGGAGCAGGAGGAGAGAGCAGGAGAGAGGAGAGAGCAGGAGAGAGGAGAGAGCAGGAGAGAGCAGGAGGAGAGAGGAGGAGAGAGCAGGAGGAGAGAGCAGGAGAGAGGAGAGAGCAGGAGAGAGCAGGAGGAGAGAGGAGGAGAGAGCAGGAGAGAGGAGGAGAGAGCAGGAGGAGAGAGCAGGAGGAGAGAGCAGGAGAGAGGAGGAGAGAGCAGGAGAGAGGAGGAGAGAGCAGGAGGAGAGAGCAGGAGGAGAGAGCAGGAGAGAGGAGGAGAGAGCAGGAGAGAGCAGGAGGAGAGAGCAGGAGAGAGGAGAGAGCAGGAGGAGGGAGCAGGAGAGAGGAGGAGAGGAGCAGGAGAGAGGAGGAGAGGAGCAGGAGGAGAGAGCAGGAGAGAGGAGAGAGCAGGAGAGAGGAGAGAGCAGGAGAGAGGAGAGAGCAGGAGAGAGCAGGAGGAGAGAGGAGGAGAGAGCAGGAGAGAGGAGGAGAGAGCAGGAGGAGAGAGAGAGAGAGAGAGAGAGGAGAGAGCAGGAGAGAGCAGGAGGAGAGAGGAGGAGAGAGCAGGAGAGAGGAGGAGAGAGCAGGAGGAGAGAGCAGGAGGAGAGAGCAGGAGAGAGGAGGAGAGAGCAGGAGGAGAGAGCAGGAGGAGAGAGCAGGAGAGAGGAGGAGAGAGCAGGAGAGAGCAGGAGGAGAGAGCAGGAGAGAGGAGAGAGCAGGAGAGAGGAGAGAGCAGGAGGAGGGAGCAGGAGAGAGGAGGAGAGAGCAGGAGAGAGCAGGAGGAGAGAGCAGGAGAGAGGAGAGAGCAGGAGAGAGGAGAGAGCAGGAGGAGGGAGCAGGAGAGAGGAGGAGAGGAGCAGGAGGAGAGAGGAGGAGAGAGGAGGAGGAGCAGGAGAGAGCAGGAGGAGAGAGGAGGAGAGAGCAGGAGAGAGGAGGAGGAUAUAUGA